AUGGGUAUGCCAGUAUGGCCAUUCCGGCCCAAGCUGAGUUCGGUUGUUGCCCUUCUAAUAAUAAGAAUCCUUAUCCCACAAGACGCAAACAAAGCGGACAAAGCGGCAAGCAAAACUCUAAGCGAAGGGUGGGGGGCGGCCAAUAUUCGCGCUGACCGCUUGUCGCAGCACGCAGCACACUUUGAGAGUUGGUUGGCGGCUGGCGACUGGCGGCUGGCGCCCGGCACCGCGAAGAGAGAAAAAACCCUCGGACAGCGCGCCAUGCGCCGCAGCGACUGAUUGGACGAGGAUGCGGGGAUGAGUGAUUGGUGGAAUGUAACUUGGCCCAUAUUAUUGUUCUUAUCUGGACCACCCUAGUAAGCCGUGUUUUAAAAGUCAAUGCCAUGGUCAACGCGUAUAGAUGGAUGUAUAAUUCACUAUUCAUAUUGGAUGCCCACAUAAAGACGUAGUACAUAGUAACUAAAGAUCGCCUUAUUCAUCCCGAUGGACUGGACAGAGCCG